AUGGAAAUCACAGUGAGACACACUCAGCUGAGGUCGUGUGAGAAAAACGAGCGUUUGUGCGUGACCAGCCUCAGGGACUGCGACCUUCGACCUCCUCUGUCUCUACAGAAGGCCCUGGAUGUGACCUGUUACUACCAGGAAAUGACUGACAGAGUCCGAUCCGUGACGUGCGCGUGGGGUCAGGAGUCACAGGUUCAGCCUGACUCCUCCCUGAUCUUCAGCAGUGGGUCUAAAAUCACAUGGUGUGGGGGCGUCUUUAACCCAGCUGCUGUCCUCAAUGUGACGGUCAGAAUGAAGGACUACGAGACCGGGGGGGAGAUCUGGUCUCGGCCUCAAACUGUGUUUCUCUUCGCAGCAGUCAAACCCAGUCAGGCCGUUCUGACGGUCCUCGCUUCCACUGAAGACUCUCUCGUCGUGUCGUGGAAAAGCAGCGUCGACGGCCUCUGUCGUCUUCGCUACAGACCCAUCAGAACUCAUCAGUGGACCCAGAAUUCAGAUGUAGUUGCUGCACACGCAGAUCAGGACCUGAAAUACACGAUCAGAAACCUGCUGCCGUUUAACGUGUACAGAGCAUCUGUGGCCUGCAGAGGCGAGCUGGGCUUCUGGAGCGAGUGGAGCUCCGGCACAACCGGACGGACGCUGGACAGAGUGCCGUCCAGGCCCUCAGAGGUCUGUUACAGAGUGGAGACAAACGAUGCUGCUGAACCUCUCCUUCAUCUCAGGUGGAAGGCUCCCGACCCUGGUGAGCCUCAGGGUCGUGUGCUUGGAUACCAGGUGAUCGUCAAUCCUCGGCUGACCCAAAACGUCACCGAGACAUCGGCUCUUCUUCUGGUGGAGGAGGGGGACUACAGCGCCUCUGUUCAGGCCUUCAACACCGCCGGCCUCGGACCGGCUGCACGGCUUCACGUCAACACAAAAAAACGCAUCAAUCCUCCUUCUGUACAAAACUUGUGGAUUUCAAGCCAUUACCCACAAAACAAACUUGUUGUCCAGUGGGCGCUCCCCCCCUCCUCAUCCUCUGCUCCUCUUGUCAGCCAUGCCACUGUGGAGUGGUGCUCAAAGAAAAAGCCGUCCUCCAGAAACUGGACCAGCGUGGAAGGCCUCGCAGCCUCCGCUGUCAUCCGAGAUGUUGAGCCUGAGGAGUCCUACCUGGUCAGUGUUUUCCUCGUCUACCACCAGCAGUGUGGAUCUCCUCAGUCUCUGACGGCCAGUCUGCAGCAGGGAGCUCUGGUGGAAGCAAUCAACCUGAACGUUGCCAGUGUGACUAAAACAACAGUGACAGUAAUGUGGGCGUGGCAACAGAAGUCUGGACCAAUCAGAGUGAAGAGAUACAGGGUGAUGCUGAGGAGAGAUGCUGACACACAAACUCUGUCGUUAUGGCCGGACCAACAGCAGCACACCUUCUUCAACCUGACCCCGAACACGGAGUAUGCUCUUCUGCUGUUGGCCGAUGACGUUUCCAGAAGCAUCAUUACUGUGACCACACGUUUUGAUGAGGUUCCAGCUGUGGCGACGGCGACUCCUCUUCUGCUGCUGGCCGUCACCAUGAUGAUCAUCUCCGUCCUGUCCAGGACUGUGUACAAGUCGUACUUCUUCCCUCCCAUCUCCAGCCCUCGAUUAAGCUCCACAGGCCGGUGGCUGAUGAGCCCAAACCCAAAGAAAUACGGCGAGAGAAACACCCUGGAUAUGAAAGACUUCGAGGUGACGGAUCUUCUCGAAAACAAACGUCUCGUCGGCUCAAGCGACCAGUCAUCAGACGACCUGCGUGAGGUCGUCUCUCCUCUGCCAAUCAGCAUUCAGACGUCAGCCAUCAGUCUGAGCGUUGGCGACGCCGGACCAAUCAGAGAGCUGCUCGCACAUCAGCCGUACGGUCCCAUCAACACGGAUCUGACCUGUGACAUGGAGUAUCUGAUGAUACCCGACGACAGGCCCAUGUGA